AUGUUCAUGUCCAAAGACCACGUGUGUUAUAUGAAAACCACGGCAGAGGAGGAAGCAACCAAGCUGUUGAAGAGAAAAAGAAAGAAAAAAGUCGAUGAAGAUGACGACGUAAAGAAAUGGAUCUUUUUUGACUUUGAAUGCACGCAAGACGAGAUGAUUCAUUGCAACGAGGGCUACCAACCACAACAGCAAAUCAUAUGUGGAAAUUGCAACCAAUCUGACUGCCAUACAAAUCCUUGCCAACAAGGAUACAUUCCGAAAAAGACGACAGUUUGCAAAAAUUGUCAUAAACCACCCUGUGGUUCCUUCCGACACGUUCCCAAUCUAUGUGUCGUACAUAAGGUAUGCGAAGAAUGCAUUGAUGAAGACGAGAUCGACCAUCAAAGCUUCUGUGACAUAUGCCAGUACAAAGAGCGGAUAUUCAAGGGCCCCAAUACACGUGAUGAUUUCUGUAAAUGGUUGUUUUCGGAGGAAAACGAAGAAUCGCGUAUUUUCUGUCAUAACUUUCGAGGGUACGAUAGCUAUCCUAUCGUAAGCUAUAUGUACGAAAAUGCCAUCUUGCCGGAGGUGAUCAUGAAUGGAUCGAAAUUCAUGAGCAUAAAGGUGCCUCAUCUGAAGAUGAAAUUCAUCGACUCUUUGAAUUUCAUUCCAAUGGCUCUCUCUAAAAUCCCAAAGGCUUUCAAUCUUUCCGAGUUGGCCAAAGGAUACUUCCCUCAUCUCUUCAACAAACGCGAAAAUCAACAGCUCAUCCUUAAUCAUCUCCCUGACAUCAACUACUAUAAUCCUGAAGGUAUGAUGCCAGACGAUCGUCAAAAUUUUAUGUUGUGGUAUGACAAACAUAAGAACGAGACUUUCCAUUUCGAAAAAGAGAUGACCAAAUAUUGCCGAUCGGACGUGGAUAUUUUGAGACGAGGAUGUCUGAAAUUUAGAGAAAUUUUCAUGCAGAUGACAUCCAGAAAUGGUGAGGAAGGUAUUGAUCCCUUUGCUCACUGUAUUACGAUUGCUUCUGCCUGCAACUUGGUGUUUCGGAAAUUGUUCUUAGAGGAAAGAUCUAUAGGUAUCAUACCGCCACAAGGAUAUCGACCGAUAGACAAACAGUCCGUCAAAGCCAUGCAGUGGAUAAAAUACCAUGCUUAUCUAACAAAAGUAGAGAUUCAGCAUGCAGGCAAUGUGGGAGAGAAGGUGAUUGGACCGUACAAAGUUGAUGGAUACUAUGAAAUUGGAAAUGAAAAGGUAGUGAUGGAAUUUCAUGGUGAUUUUUGGCAUGGUAAUCCCAAAAGCUACUCUGCCAACACCCUCAAUAAAGUAGCGGGAAUGACCAUGGGGGACCUCUAUCAGAGAACCUUGGAAAAGAGAAGGUACUUGGAAUCUUCGGGAUAUACUUACCUACAGAUGUGGGAGUCCGAUUUCGAUCGGACCGUAGAGUCCACAGAGGAAAUGAGGGCUUUUAUAGAGCACUUAGAGUUAACUUCGCCCUUACAACCUAGAGAUGCCUUUUUCGGCGGUAGAACUGAAGCCUUUAAACUGCAUGCCCAGGCAGACGAAAACACCAGUAUCAAAUACUUUGAUGUGACUUCUCUUUAUCCCUUCAUCAAUAAAACGGGUAAGAUUCCAUUGGGACGUCCCCAGAUCGUGACCGAAAAUUUUGAUCUGCUUCAAAACUACGAAGGACUCAUUAAAUGCCGCAUCCUUCCCCCAAAGAAUCUAUACAUGCCAGUCCUUCCAUCGAAAAUCAACAAUAAGCUCCUGUUUGGCCUCUGUCGAACGUGCAUGGAAAAACAAAUACAGACCUGUGAGCACACCGAUCGGAAAAGAAUGAUCACUGGAACCUGGGUCACCGACGAAGUCAAAAAAGCCGUAGAACAGGGUUACGUGGUGGAUAAGAUUUUCGAAGUGUGGCAUUUCGAUCGCAUAUCACAGUACGAUCCACAAACAAAAUCGGGCGGAGCAUUUACCGACUAUGUCAAUACAUUUCUCAAAAUGAAGCAAGAGGCAUCUGGUUGGCCAAAAUGGUGUCAAACGGAAGAAGACAAAUACAUGUACAUAGAAGAAUACCACCAAAGAGAAGGAAUUCAUCUCGAGUACGCUAACAUCGUAUCCAACCCAGGUCUUAGAGCGCUGGCAAAACUGAUGCUCAACAGUUUUUGGGGUAAAUUUGGUCAGCGAGAAAACAUGCCCAAAACAACAUAUGUGACCGAUCCCUGCGAAUAUUUUGAUAUGUUGACUAGCAAUCGCCAACAGGUCAAAGACGUCAGCUAUGUGUCCGAGGAAAUGGUACGACUCCAGUGGGUCUUAGACGACGAUUUCGUGGAGACCAGCGGUCGAACCAACGUCGUCAUCGCAGCGUACACUACGGCACAGGCCCGUCUAAAAUUAUACUCUUACCUGGAAAAAUUAGGCGACCGGACUCUAUAUGCUGACACAGAUUCGGUCAUCUUCACUGCACGGACGGGGGAAUGGUCACCGCCUUUAGGUGAUUACUUGGGGGACAUGACAGACGAGACCCCUGAUAAGAAAAUCCUUUCUUUUGUCACUGGUGGACCGAAAAAUUAUGCGUAUACCGCCCAAGACCAAGAUGGGAAGAUAAGUACCUGUUGCAAAGUUAAAGGCAUCACAUUGAAUUACAAGAACAGUUUGGAUAUCAACUUUGAUACCAUCAAAAAUAUGAUCACCUCCAGCGAAGCGCCUGUCGUCACGGUCCGGAACAAUUACAAAAUUGCCCGAGAUUCCAAAACUACAGAACUCAUCACCAGAAAGGAAAAUAAAGAAUACAAAUUUGUUUUUGACAAAAGAGUCUUGCAGAGUGGACUGAUAUCGGUACCAUAUGGAUAUUUGAAUGUAUCGUAG